GUGCGAGGGCGGCGGGGACAGCGCAGCUAAAGGCGCUGGCGCGGCGGCGGCGGCGGCGGCGGCGGACCCGGCGCACCAUGGCCGAGCUGCUGUGGAGCCUGCAGGAUUCCCAGCUCGUCGCCCGCUUCCAGCGCCGCUGCGGGCUCUUCCCGGCGCCGGAUGAAGGCCCCCACGAGAACGGCGCGGGCCCGGUGGAGGGCGCAGUGCGGGCGCCGGGGGUCGGACAUCGCCCCCAGGCCAACGGCAAAGGUGGCUGUGGUCCGGCCAAUGGGCUGCGGAAAGUCCCGGCCCCGCAGGCUUAUGUACAGAAGUACAUCGUGAAGAAUUAUUUCUACUACUACCUAUUCCGAUUUUCAGCCGCUUUGGGUCAAGAAGUGUUCUACAUCACGUUUCUUCCGUUCACUCAGUGGAAUAUUGAUCCUUAUUUAUCCAGAAGACUGAUCAUCAUAUGGGUGCUGGUGAUGUAUAUUGGGCAGGUGGCCAAGGAUAUCUUGAAGUGGCCCCGCCCCUCCUCCCCUCCCGUGGUGAACCUGGAGAAGAGAGUGCUUACUGAAUAUGGAAUGCCAUCGACGCACGCCAUGGCGGCCACCGCCAUUUCCUUCACGCUGCUCAUCUCCACCAUGGACAGAUACCAGUAUCCCUUUGUUCUGGGGCUGGUGAUGGCUGUGGUGUUUUCCACAUUGGUGUGUCUCAGCAGGCUCUACACUGGGAUGCACACAGUCCUGGAUGUGCUGGGUGGCGUCCUGCUCACCGCAAUCCUCAUUGUCUUCACCCAGCCCGCCUGGACCCUUAUUGACCACCUGGACUCGGCCAGCCCUCUCUUCCCUGUGUGUGCCAUAGUGGUGCCCUUCUUCUUGUGUUACAACUACCCUGUGUCUGAUUACUACACCCCAACCAGAGCGGACACCACCACCAUUGUGGCUGCCGGGGCUGGGGUGACCAUAGGAUUCUGGCUCAACCACUUUUUCCAGCUCAUGUCCAAGCCCACGGACUCUCUUCCCGUUGUUCAAAACAUCCCCCCGCUCACCGCUGACAUGUUACUUUUGGGUCUGACCAAGUUUACAGUGGGGAUUGUGUUGAUCCUUCUGGUCCGUCAACUUGUACAAAAUCUCUCGCUGCAAGUGUUGUACUCGUGGUUCAAGGUGGUCACCAGGAACAAGGAGGCCAGGCGGAGACUGGAGAUCGAAGUGCCUUACAAGUUUGUCACCUACACGUCUGUGGGCAUUUGUGCUACCACCGUUGUGCCAAUGCUGCACAGGUUUUUGGGAUUACUUUGACCCUCAAACAGUUGGAAAUUAGCCCUCUGGACAAGAGCCAAGACAUUGGGUGAGCAAGUCCUGACAACAGAUUUUUUUUCUUAAAAAGAAAAAACAGUCCUUAAGUUACGUCCGUUUUGCUGAUAUCUGUGAUAAAUGCUACUGCUGUGUGAAAGGGGAAAAUGCCUCGUAGGAACCAUUAGUCUGUAAGGGUCAUGCUGCAGGUGAAGCCAGGCUAAAACCUAGUCACAUUCUUUAAGGGUUCCCCACCCUGUCUGUUAUUAUAAUUUGGACUUUGGACCAAGUCCUGGGCUGGCAGGAACUGGGGUUCUGGAUCAGGAAUGGCCACAAGCCCCACUGGGCUCUGGGAGAUGGGCAGCAUCUGGAAAACCAGAGGUGGAACAUUUCAAUUGCCACCUUGCCCAGCAGGGCUUGGAACUUUGGGCUGGGAGAAAGGGUGGCACCAAGUAAAACUGCAUUCCUUAGACAGGGUGACUUUCGUGUCAUUAUGAACAAAUUAGGCUGCCCGCCUGGGUGGUAAGAGCACUGCAAACCUCACUGUGAAGCCGUGAAAGACGGGGGCAGAGCUGUGAGGUCAUGGGUAAGAGCCAGCGUCUGCCGGUGUAAAGACUGAACAUGGAUCUGCUCUUCCUUGUCGGUACAUUUGCAGGAUUCCAGGUACCAUUACUACCCUCUUCCGAUCCGUGAAACCAGCGGGUGGCCCGCACUGCGCCAGGCAGGUGGGGGUUAACCUUCAUCAAAGGCGGGUACCUCGGGGCUUCUCUGUGUCCUGCUCUCUUCUGCUUCAGAGUGUCUUGGGAAGAAGCCCUCUGCCCAUCUUCAGCUUUUUCUUUUUGGCUUCCUUACAACCUGGGACGGCAUUGUCGCCUGCAUGUGAAAGUGGAUCAGUCGAAGAAGAACUGGUGAACUUAAUCCUUCCUGAGCCUGACAAAGAGGGACUAGACCUCGGGACCUUGCUUGAUCCUGUCAAGGCCUCCCUGACAUCGCUCCUCCAUUUCUCAGUUCCCUUCUGUAAUUGUAUUUCUCAGCUACUAAAUAGAAUCAGGGGCUCCCCUUCCAUCUUUCCACCUCUUAUCUCUUGGCAAUUUUAAAGGUAAUUAAUGCAGGAAUAUCGUCAGAUUCUUUUGGGAAAACAAGCCAACCAAACACACCACCCUUGACACCCACGACAGUGUGUCCUCCUAGACUCAGGAAGGCAGUCGUUAUGCAAACACCUGUGGCUUCCCUCUCUAGCCUCCUGUUCAGUUGCUAAGCAUAAGUUACAAAUAGCAACAUUUUCCUUAAAAAGUGAGUGUAAACAAUUAGUUAACGAGGUCUCUUUUGUGGUCCGGGGCCUGAGCCACUGAAGCACUGAUUUAUUAUCUUAGCCCAUCAUCACCACGCACACACUUUGGGGGAGAAUCAGCCUGUCUCUCGAGUUAGGGU